UCCCGCAACCCCGCCUAAGCAUUACUCCCAAAGCUUUAAACUAAUCCUUGAAACUUACGAAUUUUAGUUCUUCCAAUCCCAAAGCUUUCUUCUCUUAAUUUCUAAUUAAGCCAUUUUGACCUGCUUCGACACAGUUGCCGACCUUACACUUUGGCGGUGUUCUGUUUCCCCUCCAACGUCGGUCCAAAAACUUUCUAUAAAUAACUUAGUCCGACCACGUGAUCCGUCCGACAUUCAUUUCAGUACUCCACAUUGCCAACAACUUCAUUUUUCAUUCCCUUCAAACGUCUUAGUCAAAACAAAGAAACAUUACUAUGGCGAAACCUCAAGUUUUUCUUGCCUUAUUCUGUUUAUGUUCCGUAUUCCUUAUUUCUGGGGUGUUAUCAGCAACAUUUACAUUAGUAAACCAGUGCAGUUAUACAGUAUGGCCGGGUAUAUUAUCAGGUGCAGGUACUACCCAGCUUUCUCCAACUGGACUUCAGCUAAAUCCAGGACAGGCCAUACCCAUUUCAGUUCCAGCGGGUUGGUCGGGUCGUUUAUGGGGUCGGACUUUUUGUUCCCAAGAUUCCACCGGUAAAUUCACUUGCGUUACAGGUGAUUGUGGCUCUGGAACACUUGAGUGCACCGGCGGAGCUGCACCGCCGGCCACUCUAGCAGAGUUCACUCUCAACGGCGCCGGUGGCCUUGAUUUCUAUGACGUUAGCCUUGUGGAUGGUUAUAACUUGCCUAUGUUAGUGAGCCCACAAGGUGGGACCGGCGCCGGGAAUUGUUCGGCAACUGGGUGUGUUGUAGACCUUAAUGGGCCGUGUCCGGCGGAGCUGAAGAUGAUGAGCACCGGCAGCGACGGAGGCGGCGGCGAGUGCGUGGCAUGCAAGAGCGCGUGUGAAGCGUUUGGGAAUCCGAGAUAUUGUUGUAGUGGGCCCUAUGCUACGCCUGAUACAUGCAUGCCGACGGAUUACUCGGAGUUUUUCAAGAGUUCAUGCCCACGCGCUUACAGCUAUGCGUAUGAUGAUGGAACCAGCACCUUCACUUGUGCUUCUGCUGAUUAUGUCAUCACAUUUUGUCCUGCUCCUGCUGCUAGUCAGAAAUCAUCUGGAGGGCAAUACGCUGGUGGGAGCAACGUUUCAUUGGUCAGUAACAGUGGUAGUACGUUAACCUCUGGCCCAUUACCAUUCUUAACAAGCUUGAUGAUCACCAUUAUAGCUGCCCUUUGGAAGUUCCAUUGAUCUUUGUUAUUACUAUUAAUAAAAAGAUUUCUGGUCUCUGAGUAUGCUAGCUAUUUGAAGUGGGGCCACUCAAUAUUUUUGCCCCACAAUUCUACAAAGUUGUUGCUGCCGGCAAAGAGAGUAUACCCACUUUUGCAUGUGAACUCAAUAGCCCAAAGUCCGCCAAAUUUUGGUCUUUGAUGAAGUGGUAUCCAUGUGACGUGGGAAUCUCUGUUUCUUUUUUUGAUAAAAAGAAGCAGCAAGCUAGGGAAACAAAAAGCGCGACAAGAACAGGAAGAAAGGGCAGGCCAAGUUGUAAAUUGCCGACGUAAUGGAUUUUUUUACUUAAUUAUGAUGAUUGGUUGAGAUUAGCAUUUCAAAUAGUUUUUUGUAAUAUAAAAUAAAAGAAAGUGAGGACAGGGUUUAUUGGCAUGAGUUGAGAUAUCAUUUUUAUUUAUCAAGUAAUUAAUGCGUGCCUGUUAAUGACAAUAUAAUAAAAAGGGUUGAAUAUUUGCUCUGA